CUCUCAUCUACAACUGAAAAUACCAGCUUGCACGCGCACUUCUCCGUCGUGGCUCUCUCAUUUCAGGCCUGGUCUUGUGUCCCUGCGGGAUAUCAGGCUACCUGUGCUUGGCAGUAAGAGGCCAGCUCCGUGACCUGCCAGCAGCCUCUCCCUCAAUGACCGGCCAUGGCCUCUUGUCAAGCGCACACCGGCUGAUAGGGCUUCUUCUGUUGCUUUCACUGGGACUUUUGUCAGUUGUAUGAGCAAGGCAGUGAUCUCCAAUGGCAACCUGCUUGCUGUCUUUCUUUGGCGAUUUAGUUUUGGAACGUUUCAUUUUACAGGUAUGGCCUCACAAGUCUUGGUCUACCCAUCACACCUGCACUCUGCUCAAAGAAGUGCCUUAAGAACCAGCAGACAAAAAGAAGAAGCUCACCGCAAGCACAACAUCAGCAGAGCAUUUCAGCACCGGCCAACAGCCAAGACUUACGUGAUCGGCGUCAACUACGAUAUCGCCUACCCGAACAACGUGAUCCCGUCUUCAGCCGCUGCCAAUCCAGGAACUUUACGGCGAGGGAGCAGCGCGCAUUGCAGGCACGGUAGUACAGAGACAGGAGAGCCGGGAUACGUCAGCCUUCUAGGAUCAGGUGCCCCCCAGAUAAGUGAGAAGAAGCCAGGUGGCGAGCGUCCGCGGCAGAACAGCUGCUUAGGAACCAUGCAGAUAGUGGAGGAGGUAUCUGCUCUAUCGUCACUUCCUCCCCCUGUAGUCAUGUUGCACGCCAGCGCGGGGAGCCACGCAGACGCCGCCAGAGUCGGCUGCGGAGGGGAUCUGUCCAUUCAGCACGGCAGAGCCGAGGCAGUGACCAACAUGGGACUCGACGCCGAGGGAACCGGAAUCGGGUCCAGUGGCAGCACUCGUGCCGCAGCCGGCGCCACGCUGACCAGGACUGGAUCUCUAGACGGCGACUAUCAGCUCAUCCAGCACGAGGUUCUGAGCUCCCUGAAGAACAGCUACGAGGUUUUGGAGUUCCUUGGCCGUGGAACAUUCGGUCAGGUGGUGAAGUGCUGGAAGAGGGGCACGAGUGAAGUGGUGGCCGUCAAGAUACUGAAGAACCACCCGUCGUAUGCGCGCCAGGGGCAGAUAGAGGUGGAGAUCUUGGCCCGUUUGAGCAGCGAAAAUGCCGAUGAGCACAACGUGGUGCGCGCCCUGGAGUGCUUUCAGCACCGCAGCCACACCUGCCUGGUGUUUGAGAUGCUGGAGCAAAACCUCUACGACUUCCUGAAACGGAACAAGUUCAGUCCACUGCCGCUCAAAAUCAUCCGGCCCGUCCUACAGCAGGUGGCGACAGCUUUAAAGAAGCUCAAGUCUCUGGGUUUGAUCCACGCCGACCUGAAGCCAGAAAACAUCAUGCUGGUGGACCCCUCCAGGCAGCCCUACAGAGUCAAGGUGAUUGACUUCGGCUCGGCCAGCCACGUCUCCAAGGCCGUCUGCUCCACUUACCUGCAGUCCAGAUACUACAGGGCUCCGGAGAUCAUUUUGGGCCUGCCAUUCAGCGAGGCCAUAGACAUGUGGUCGCUGGGCUGUGUGAUAGCAGAGCUCUUCUUGGGCUGGCCCCUCUACCCCGGAGCGAUGGAGUACGACCAGAUCCGGUACAUCUCCCAGACUCAGGGCGUGCCGGCCGAGCAGCUGCUCAACAAGGGAACAAAGACCUCUCGCUUCUUCUGCAAAGAGUCCAACUCUCCCUAUGCCUCCUGGAGACUAAAAAGUAAAUGCACAACAGAAGAGCACGAGAAGGAGACAGGCCUGAAAUCCAAAGAGGCCAGAAAGUACAUCUUCAGCUGCCUGGACGACAUCGCACACGUGAACGUGGUGCUGAGCCCUGAUGGCAGCGCCAUGCAGGCGGAAAAGGCAGACAGGAGGGAGUUUGUGUCCCUACUGAGGAGCAUGCUGCUGAUCGACGCCGAGGACCGGACCGUUCCCACCAGUGUCCUCAACCACCCCUUCCUCACGAUGACCCACCUGCUGGACUACCCACACAGCCACCACGUGCAGUCUGCAUUCCGCAUCAUGGAUAUGUGCCACAGUCGGCCCGCCAACGCAGUGUUUGACGCUAUCAAUGAGAACACCAUUCACUUCUCAAGGCCCCCCGUGACCCCUGCACCCUCCUCUGGCCUACCUCUAGGCUACGGCAGCAUACCAGUCCAUACUCGGGCUAUAAACCAGUCGGGUCCCUCUGUGAUGCAUCCUGAGAUUGCUUUAGCAGCUGGGAACGGUCAGUUCGGGUGCACUGACCCCUUCCCAUCUGGCCUUUUUCUUUGUCCUCCCCCCAUGCAAGGUAACCUUAACCAACCAGCAGCGUAUUCUGUCCCCAUGGUAACUCAGGCUCCCCCCAUGCAGCCCUUGCCAGUGAGACACGGAGUCAUUGCUCAGCAGGCCUGGUCAAGCCGGGGGCAGCAGCUCCUCGUCCCAGCAGCCUGGCAACAGAUGGCUCAAGUGGGUCCUCCUCCGUCUCACCCCCCUCCACAACCCCCAUCCUCCCUAACCAACGAUGCCACAGCAGGCCCACAAAGAAUCAGUGACUGGGGCAGCCACUACACCUCAGUCAUGCAACAGCCCCUACUGACGAAUCCUAUGCCAGCCCUCUCUGCCCAUCAGCCGAUCAACGUCGGCAUAGCUCAUGUUGUUUGGCCCCAGCCGGCCAAUAAAAGGAACAGACACGGUUACAACAGGAACCUGUCCACCCACUGCAACAUCCACGCUCCGGCCAAGAUGGCCAACGCGGUCGGACAGGCGGUGGCACGUAGGGAACAGCCUCGGAGGGAGGAGCCCGCGGCCGGAACUGUGCAGCCGGGAGUUCCAAACCGGGACACGGAGGAAAACCACGUGCAGCAGAAAGCGACCUGCUUCAAAGAGGCGGCGCCAAAGGCAAACAGCCAGCCGGACCCGUCCGGCGGGCAGCAGCGCGAGGUAGCGGUCCUGAUGGGCGACACGCCCAGCCCCGCUGCCAGCGUGAUCAGCAUCCGCAGCGAACUGACCGACGAAGAGGACGAAGACCUCCCGAGGUGCCGUCUUGGCGGGUGUAAAGAGGAGUGUGUGUGCGAGGCGUGCAGACACACCAGUGUGUCUAUGGAAAGAGUGUGUUCCCUCAGUAGCCCCGACAGCAGCCUCAGCACCGGCUCCUUUGCCUCCAACUCGCUCCAGUCCAGCCCCUCCCUCUCGCCAUGCAAGAGACCCAACAGCAUGUCUGAGGACGACAGCCACGAGAGCGGCUGCGACACCGUGGAAGGCUCCCCUGCGCCAACAUCGACGCAUGGUGACAGACCCUACCGGUACCUUGACGACAACCGCCCGAACCUAGCCGCCACAGUGGCGCCGCCGCCCUGCCACGCAGCACGGGGCCGCAGCCCCCCAGGCGUCAGGACCAUGGUGGUGCCCCCGAUGAGAAUGCAGAACAACAACGGUCACGGAACAGCAGAGCGUUUCCAGAGGAUAGAGUCCUGGUCCCGGUCCAACAGGCGCUGCAGCCUCGUAGGACAACAGAGCAACCCCUCCUCCUUCCCCCUCCUGUCCCGGCAGCAGCAACAGCAGCCCCCCCCCAUGGGCUUUGGACAGGUGCAGCUGUACGGUUCCAACCACGGCGCCAAAGAGUGGAACGGCAACUAUGGGUCUCUGCGUCCUCACGCUUACAUCCCCCCCACGGGCCACACGCACACCUUCACCCACCUGCCGCACAGCAGUCCCACGCACACCUCGGCCCCGCAGCACGCCCUGCUGCAGUACCCCCCCGCCGCCACACUCACCGCUCACCACCCACACCCCAUCCUGCCCUCCCGCCCGCCUCCCCCAGCUGUCCUCCAGCACAGCUACGGCCUCUCCCAUCCCCAGGGAGGCGCUAUAGUGCACCAGGUCACCCUGGGCAUCUGCGCCCAGCACCACCCGGCUCCACCCCCGCACAGGCUCCUCCCAUCCCCGUCCAUCCACCCGCACCACCAAUCUGGCUAUGGCCACCACCCCCCCUUCCAGCACCCGUACAUGGCCUCUCCGGUGGCUUACACCAGCUUCCCCCUGAGCCCCACCAAGCUCAGCCACCACCCGCAGUUCUACAUCUGAGGAGCGGGACGGGCCCGCAGCGGUACCUUCUGCUGAGGAAGGCCAACGGCAAAUGGACUGGUGCUGCGACCUGGGCGGGCAGAGCCGGCAGCAGACACUUAAGGUGACGGACACGAGGGGGAGUGAAACCUCCUCCCCCCCAACCUGGAAAUAACGAGAGAUUAUGUCAGCGAACCAAACCUCCCUCUCUCACCCUUUUUAUCUAUGUUGCCUUGUAGCAUUUGUGCUAGCCGGUCUGAUCUGUGUGUUAAGCCAUCCCGGUGUGUAUUAAUCAGGAUGGAACGCUGCCGUCGCCCUAGUGCCUUAAAAAAUUAAAAUCAGCCUGACGUUGAGUCAGAACACAAUAGAUUGUACAUUUUAAACAAAAAAGAGAAAAGAUAGGCUUGCAGCACUUAACCGUCAGACUGUGCAGGCGACGGGUUCUUUGGAGGAGUAACGCUUGCGGCUUUGCUUUAACGUAGACUUCAGUUUUCUUUCUAACUCUGAGGACGGGCUUCAGCUAGAGGGUGCAUAUCUAGGGCUUUGACUGAAUGAGCUUUUCAUGUACAUAAAGAGUGAUCUGAUAUUUUGGUAAUAAAUUUCUAUUCACUAUAGUACUUAAAUUCAUAAGUCACUGUUUACUGUAACUGCAAUACAAUCUAGAUGGCCUCUGGGUUGCUGUGUAUUUUAAAAUAUGUCUUGGCAUUUAGGCUAGACUUGCGUCGACGUGUUUUAGGUUUUGGUGAGCGGCGCAUAAGGCAAUUGUUUCUUGUGUGUUCUUUUUAAAUGCUUUUCAGUGUUUGAGAUAACCUACAGUAUCAUUUGAGGUGUGGAAACGAACCUUCUUGUCCAUGUAUUGAAGUCACUUUUGAUACAUUCCGUGUGUGUGUGUGUGUGUGUGUGUGUGUGUGUGUGUGUGUGUGUGUGUGUGUGUGUGUGUGUGUGUGUGUGUGUGUGUGUGUGUGUGUGAUUUAGUAGUUCUGCUGUGUCUUUACCAUUAGCUGGUAUGUGUUUUGCCUUUACUCAAAUCGGCACCAAAGACAGUUCGUUGAUCAUUUCUGAAGCACGGUUGAGGCUAUUUCUGCUUUCACCUCCAGCGUACUGUUGCAGUAUUGUGAGAUUUAUUUAAAAAAAGAAGAAAAAUUUAGAGGUUGAGGUUUUACUUUUCUGAGCUUUCUUUUUUGUUGGCAAAUUGUAUUUGGAAUGUAUAGAUAAUAAGCUGCUAUGUACUGAUUAUCUGCCACUUGGUAGCUGUGAAUUUAGAGGAGAAAACUCAUCCUAGCCUGCCUGUUAUUGUUUUAUAUUGUAGAAGUGUUUUUUCUUUCUUAUAGUACAUUACAUGCUGUUCCUAUAUGCUAGUGCCUCUGUAUUUUGGCUGUUCUUUUGAAGUAUAAACUGCUGUAAUGGAAGUUGAGUUUUUAUUUUUCAUUCUGUUGCUCUUUUGGUGCGUGUGUGCAUUUGUGUGUGUGUGUGUGUGUGCAUUUUGCCUCUGCUUCUCCAUUCUGUAACUGGUGUCUCGUGUUAUUGCCCAAUUUGCAGCUCUUCGUACUGCACAACUAGUGCCUUUCUUCAGACAAGUGGCCAGCAGAAGAUUUCCACUCUUGGGAAGCUAGUUCCUCAAGAGGGGAUCAGCUCCUGUUUUUCACGUCACCAAAACCCCAAAGUUGUUAUUUUCCAGUUUUUAAACUUAAACUAAAGAUACAAAUCAGGGAAGAUAUCGUGUGCUCACGGAGACCUGCAUAGUUCUGGGGAUAAACUCUUUUUUUUAUUUUUUUAUUUUUUUUUAAAACAAGGAAAACCCAUCUGGCUUCAAUAUACACAAAUGUAAAGCUUUAUUCUAUUCUAUUCAGUGAAUGUGUGUGUUUGCAAAUGAGUUGCUUGUUGCUUUUGCGAUGGCUACACAGCUGCCGUCUCGGCCACUCUGGUCUCAUGUAUGCAGCUAUAACCACAGGUAGAUAUCGUCGUGUUUCUCAAGGCUUCAUGCCCACUCAAAGGUUUAGCUCCAAAGUUCUCCUCUGCUCCGAUUUCGGGCGAGAAACCUCUCCUCUUCAUCAAUGAGAUCCAAGGCUCUUUGGUUCUGUGAAAUGACAACAAACAAAGCAAUAUGUAAUUGAUGAACAAUUUGUCAUUGUCAAAAACAAAGCAGAAAAAGUAUCUUGUAAAACGACCAAAUCAAGAAAGGUUUCUGGAGCUAUUUAUUUUUGUCACUGUUGUACUCUAAUGUUUUACAUUAUAAUUGUUUUGCGUUGUUGCUUAAGCGGUGGGUGGGUGUUGUGUACUUGUCUGAUGUGCUGCUGUUUGGCUGUGUUCUCUCAGCUCGGCCCCUGCGAGGUCCUGCCCCCCCUUCCCCCUCGCUUGCUUUGGGCUGAUUUAUGAUGGGUGGGUUCUUUGCCAGUUGCAUCGUGGCCCCGGGUCUAAAAUGUCUAGCAGCCAACAGAGCAGGCUGUGGGAUACUUUGGUAUUUUUUGUGUGUGGUUAUAGUAUUAAACAAAGAUGUCAGAUAAAAAAACAAAACUUAUCAACUCAACAAGCAGAGGUGUGAACGUCUGAUCCGAUCACCAGGCUGAGGAAGAACAAAAUCUCGACUCCUAGGCCACGUUUUAGGUUGAUUGUUUUUGUUUCUUUCGUACCACAACAAUCUAAUUAUUGGCGUGAUAAUUAUUGUAUUUAGACCCCUAUAUGUGUAAACAAUUUCUAAAUUGAAAACUGUUACUGUUCUAAGUUUAUCUUGAUCUGUCUGGCUUUAUGAUUUAAAUUUUGUUGAUUUUAAAUUCUGUAUUCUUAAAUGCUACUCUAGUUUAACAUGUAGCAAACUGCACUGUGCAAUAUACAAAAAUGAGGACUGGGGAAAAUGAUUUGUUUGGAUGUGAUAAUGUGUGUCUUACCAGUUGGCGGUCACCCCCCCCCCUCCCUCUAGUUCUCAAUGAGUUUCAGUGUGACCAAGCCUUAUUUACCAUGUCACAAAAAGCGGGUUCCUUCUUUGUGACUCUUAUUGGUGAGUGUCAAAUUCUGAAUUGAUGGUGUUCUAUGUCAAGAUUCACUUUGAAUUAAAAAAAGAAAUCUUA